CAAAAGCAAAAAAGAAAAACAAGGGCAAAGUCACUUAAAAUUCUACAUAAUUAAAUUUCUCACCUUUUGUUCAAAUUAAAUUAUUCUCCUGCAAUCAAAAUAUUGCUAAUACUAAAAUCUCGAAAGGAGUAAUAUGGAUUUCCUGUUUGCUCCUCUACCAGAAACCAAUUUCCAAAUGAAUACAGAAGAGUUGCGUUUAUGGCAACGAAAUGCCAUAUUUGAGUGUGAGUGCGAUAAUUUUAUUAACAGGCGCAUUGAAGCUAGACAAAUGCACCAAGUGGCACCACAACAUCGGCCGCUCUUCGAGCUAUAUGGAAUCGAUGCUGCAAUACAGCAACAUGGAUUAAGGCUGCCGGGUGCUCAUGGUAAUAUUGAACAGCGCAAUAGCAGUAUCAAUAUCAAUCAUCGUGUAGACGACGACGAUAACCGCGCGGAUGCUAAUGCCAACAUAGCAGCACCACUUCGUCAGCGACGUAGACUUAUGGCUACAAAUGCGUCGGAUCAGGAUCGUGACAAUAUGCUCGAUAGACUUUAUCAAGAGGCUUUAUUUACAGCUUUCCGUACGCGAGGGCUAAGUGCCAUCCGAAAUCCCUAAUGCUUAUGUCGGGAUUUUGCACAUAGGGUGGGCGAAGGAGGCAGAAGUGCCGAUAAUUAGAUUUAUCUUUCAGUGUUAUAGUCAAUUAAGCGAUUUCCACAGAAUUGAAAAUGUAAUAAGUAAUUUUUAAGCGUGAAAGAAAGCCGACUUUCUCAUAUAAAAAUUUAAGAGUACCUUUAAUUUCUUCAUGAUGCAAUGAUCGAUCUUAUUAAAUAAAUAAUAAUAAUAAUUAACCAAAUUAGUGUGACACCAACUCUGAGGUACCACCUUUCCUUUUAAAAGGAAUUAUAUAAAUCGGUUAAAGUGAUCCAAAAUCAUGCGGUAACAUACAUAAAAAAGGCAGUGUCUACACACGCUCUACAUGGUAACUUUUACCGUAGCUCUACUGUAAAAUCACGUGGAUUAUAUGUUGCCGCAGAAGUGGGUUAGAACUUCUUUAGCUUAGGCCGACUUCGGCCGAACUCAAGGAUUAUAACCCUUACUACUCAGAAUUCUCCUUUCUGUGUUGCCGGAGAAGUGUGACAGAACUUCUUGCGCCGUAAUUUUUACCUUGGAUCUACGGUUAAAGUUACCGUGGCGCGUGUAAAUAGACACUCCCU